ACUUCCGCUUCUGCUUCUCCCCAGCCUGUGGCGUUGCUAACAGCCUCCUGGACCCUUUUGGUCCGCAUCUUUCUCUGCUCCGCUCCUUCAGACGCUGCCAGGGCCGAGAGCUCUGUGUCCGUCCUGAUCCAGGGUGAGGGGAGCCCAAAGGACGGGUGAGCAGAGAGUGCGCAGCGCCCGGAGACUCUAGGACCGGAGCAGAGAGAAUCCAGAGGGGCCGCAGUGCAGCCAGGAGAAAUCUGCGCAUGUGCCGGCCGCCUCCGCGCCCCGCCUCCUGCGCGAGCGCAGGUUCCAAUUGGUCAGAACUGGCGGGGGCGUGGCCUUGGAGCCAAUCAGCGGUGUGGGCCUGGGGUCGGGGCGGAGCAUGCUGCUGGGGCGUGGGGGCCCGAGAAGGGUGUCUUUGGGCAGCAGCCUCCUGCGGGAAGACUUCGCGUGCUCUCUUCCUUAGACUGAGCUGCGGGCCCUAUUCUCUCCUCCGCGACCCAGCGUCUGCUCUGCUCCCGAGAGAUGCCGACCUGGGGUGGGGGGCUGCGGGUUCGAGGCCCGGCCCUUCACGCCCUUUGUCUCCCCAGAUCCCCCCGCCCCGAAGCCUGGAGGAGCCAGAGAUGGUGGGCCCCGUGCACCCGGCAGCCCGGGCCCCCCAGGAGUCAGUGACAUUCACGGAUGUGGCUGUGGACUUCACUUGGGAGGAAUGGGGGCACCUGGAUGCAUUUCAGAAGGAGCUGUACAAGGACGUGACGCUGGAGAACUAUAGGAACUUGGUGUGCCUGGGGCUUGCCGUGUCCAAACCAGACGUGAUCUCCCAGUUGGAGCAAGGGGAAGCACCUUGGAUACCAGAGGGAGAAAGCCCAAGGUGCAGGUGUGCAGACUGGGAGACUAGGCCCGAAACUCGAAAGCUGAACAUUUCCAUGGGCAUGUCAUCUCGGGAAAGACCCCCAAGGGAUGGUGCCUGUGUCACCAGGUUGGGAGAAACCAAGUUAGAGAGGCAGGAAAGUCAUGAAGAGAAAUAUUCUCAGCAAGUAAAAAUCACCCAGAGAAAUUCUUUGAAUACCGUAAAAGGCCAUAGAUAUAAUGGAUGUAGUAGAAACUUCAGCUUAGGGACAGCCCCUUCUUCACAGCUGGGAGAACAGAUAGCGAAGAGUCUCCAUAAAUGUGACAGAUAUGGAAAGAGCCUCAGACUAAAUGCAGACCUAAGCAAAUGCAACAGAAACUGCUUGAAGAAGACAUUUUCUAAGAAUGGUGAAUAUGAGAAGUCCUUCAGUUGUAAUUCUGAUGUUAUUGAAUAUCAUAGAAUUUGUACUGAAAAGAAACUUCAUGAAUAUAGUGAAGGUGGGAGCACCAUAUGCCACAGUUCGUCCAUUAUUUCAUAUCAGAGAGUUCACCUUGGAAGGAAAUUCUGUAAGACUGAUAAAUGGGGAAAGGCCUUUCCUCAGAACAUACAACUUCUUGAACAUCAGAAAACUGAUACUAGAAAAGAAAUGUAUAAAUGUAAUGAAUGUGGGAAGGCCUUUGGCCAGAGUGCACAUCUCGCUCGACAUGAGAGAAUUCAUUCAGGAGAGAAACCUUAUGGAUGUAAUGAGUGUUGGAAGGCUUUCAGCCGGAGGUCACAUCUUAUUGAACAUCAGAGAACACAUACUGGAGAGAAACCUUAUGAGUGUAAUGAAUGUGGGAAGGCCUUCAUCCGAGGCACACAUCUUACUUUACAUCAGAGAACGCAUAAUGGGGAGAAACCUUAUGAGUGUCAUGAAUGUGGGAAGGCUUUCCCUCAGAGCAUACAACUUCUUGGACAUCAGAGAAUUCAUACUGGAGAGAAACCUUAUGAAUGUAAUUACUGUGGGAAAACUUUUAGACAUAGCUCAUCCCUUAAUUCCCAUCAUAGGAUUCAUACUGGAGAGAAACCUUAUGAAUGUAAUGAAUGUGGGAAGGCUUUUAAACACAGCUCAUCCCUUACUUACCACCAUAGAAUCCAUACUGGAGAAAAACCAUAUAUAUGUAAUGAAUGUGGUAAGGCCUUCCCCCAAAGCAUACAACUUACUGAACAUCAGAGAAUUCAUACAGGAGAGAAACCUUAUGAAUGUUAUGAAUGUGGGAAGACUUUUAGCCGGAGAACACAGCUUACUCGACACCAGAGAAUUCAUACUGGAGCUAAACCUUAUGAAUGUAAUCAGUGUGGUAAGGCCUUUUGUCAGAAGGCACAGCUUAGUAAACAUCAACGAAUUCAUAGUCAAGAAAAACCUUAUGAAUGCAGUGAAUGUGGAAAGGCUUUUAGAUAUACCUCUUCACUUACAUCUCAUUAUAGGAUUCAUACUGGUGAGAAACCUUAUCAAUGUAAUGAAUGUGGGAUGACCUUUGGCUGGAACACACAGCUUAGUAAACACCAACGAAUUCAUACUGGAGGAAAAUCUGUGUUCUCUACCUAAUGUUCUUAGCUUCUACCACAAACAGAAGCUAGGGCUUUUUUUCUUUUUUAUGCCCACUGAUUUUAGAGAUAAAAUAUUAAAGUAAAGGACCUUAUAGAGCAUCUCUUCCAACCUUCCAUUAUGCAGAUGAAAAAACUGAGACCCAGAACACAAAAUUAAAACCAAGGGCACAUAGAAAGGUAGAGUUAGACCCAGGAGUAACACCUAAGUUUCCUGAUUCAUAGCAGUGGCUUUUUUUUAAGUGUUUCAUCCUGAUUGGGAGGUAUGCAGUCCUUUUACUAGUCAUUGAUGUCCCACUGUGGUGACUGUUUCCACAAUCCGGCUAGCAGCUUCUGUGGGGGUGUAAGAUCCACCCACAGCC